AUGACCUUUGACUCCCGCCUUCGUCUCCGACUGAAAUCAAACUAACACUGAACAAGGAGAACAGAGAGAGAACCGAGCAACUAGACACUGAAACACAGACUGCUGCAGGAGGAAAAACAAGACAAUCAAAGUCAAACUUCACUCUGAGACAAAAUGGCUUCCAGAUCAGACGAUGAUCUCUGCUGUCCGGUCUGUCUGGAAAUAUUUAAGGAUCCAGUUCUUCUGUCAUGUAGCCACAGCUUCUGUAAGGAGUGUCUGCAGAAAUAUUGGAGAGACAAACCAGGAAGAGAGUGUCCAGUUUGUAAAAGGAGAUCUUCUAAAGAUUUUCCACCUGUAAAUCUGGGACUAAAGAAUCUGUGUGAGUCUUUCUUACAGCAGAGAGAGCAGAGAGCUUCAGAGGAUCUCUGCUCUCUGCACUCUGAGAAACUCAAACUCUUCUGUCUGGACCAUCAGCAGCCAGUUUGUCUCGUCUGCAGUCAUUCAGAUUUACACAAAAACCAUAAAUUCAAACCCAUCGAUGAAGCUGCUCAGCAACACAAGAAGAACCUUCAGGAAACUCUGGAGCCUUUAAAGAAGAAGCUGGAGCUCAGGAAGAAAGUUCAGGAGGAGUUUGAUCAGACAGCAGAACACCUGAAGGUCCAGGCCCGACACACAGAGAGGCAGAUUAUGGAGCAGUUUAAGCAGCUUCAUCAGUUUCUAGCAGAGGAAGAGGAGGCCAGGCUGGCUGCACUGAGGGAGGAAGAGGAGCAGAAGAGAGGGAUGAUGAAGGAGAAGAUGGAGGCUCUGAGCAGAGAGAUAGCAGCUCUUUCAGACACAGUCAGAGCCACAGAGGAGGAGCUGAGAGCUGAAGACGUCUCAUUCCUGCACAACUACAAGGCUGCAGUGGAAAGAGUCCAGCGCUGCCCCCUGCUGGAGGAUCCACAGCUGCCCUCAGGAGCUCUGAUAGACCAGGCCAAACAUCUGGGCAACCUGGCCUUCAACAUCUGGAGCAACAUGAAGAACAUGGUGACCUACACUCCUCUGGUUCUGGACCCAAACACAGCUGGGUCAAACCUCCAUCUGUCUGAAGAUCUGACCAGUUUGACUGAAGGAGAGAAACAGCAGCUUCCUGAUAAUCCAGAGAGAUUUGAUUGGUGGUGGUCUGUUCUGAGUUCUGAUGGUUUUAACUCAGGGAACCACAGCUGGGAUGUUGAUGUUGGAGACAGUUCAUUCUGGGAUCUUGGUGUGUUAGAAGAAUCUGUUCAGAGGAAGAGAUACAUAAAGUCUGGAUUGUUGGUUAUUCGGUUGUCUUCAGGUAAAUACUCAGCAUUUUCUCCACCAGCUCCUUCCACUCGUCUCUCAGUCCAGAAGAAUCUCCAGAGGAUCAGAGUGAAUCUGGACUGGGACAGAGGAAAACUGUCCUUCUCUGAUCUGGAUACUAACACACACAUACACACCUUCACACACACCUUCACUCACAAGAUGUUUCCACUCUUCUACACUGAUAAAACAUUAAAGAUCGUACCGAUGAAGAUCUCAGUGAUCAAGCAGCAGCUCUGAUGAUCUCAGCAUGAAGAUCAGAGAGAGAAAGAACCUCAGAGGACACAAGUCAACAGUCUAACUGUCUGAUUUUACACCGACAGAAAGAGAAACAAAGGACAAACCACAGCAAGAAAAGAUGUAUUCAUAUGUAAUAACAAUUAUAAAAUUGCUGAAAAGUACAUGGUACAAAUUAGUAGAAGGUAUAUUUGGUGACGACCGUAGCCCAACAUGAAGUUUAUCUGAAUUCAAAUGUGUUUUUUGCUUUAAUACAACUCAGAGUGAGAGGUCUUUGUUUCUGUUCUAGUCUCUGGAUAUUUUUUUAUGCUUUUAGGGAGCUGAUGUAUAAAAAUAUGUGAAGUUUAAUUAAAAUGUGAUUUAAAAAGAUCCCAGCAGAACCUGCAAGUUUUCAUUUGGUAUUUGCUUUUGUUUCACAUGUUACAUGUUUGGACCUUUAGAAAACAAAAUGUCACUUUGAGUGCUGCUGUUUAGCUGCGUGCUAACAGUUUUAACAUGUGGAGUCUGUUUUGUCUCUUACAAUCAAUAAAAACAUCCUGUGCCAUAACACAGAUA